AAUCGAUCGACCUUGUGGGCAAACAAUGGCGAUAAGAUCACGUGAUGUCAUAUCAUCCCACUUUUUUUUCUCUUCGAAAAAUGACCAGAAAAAGAAAAUUCAUUGCAGACUGAAAGUCGACUUUCCGGACAGCUGGGAAUUUACUGCAGGUUAAACAAAUUUCCUGUAUUACUAUCGACAAAAUGCCUCCGAAACAGUGGAUUGACAAGAAAAAUGCGACUACAUACCAGCUAUUCCACCGAUCUCAGCAUGACCCGCUGAUUAACGAUCCUGAGGCCGAAGAUCGUGUCCUACACGCAGUCUAUGGCCCCCCUAUCCCCAGUUCUGAGGCUUCGAAGCGAUCCAAGAACCUUUCCGACCUCAGCAAUGAAUUUGGAAACAAGGCCGUCCGAAAAAACGAGGGUGAAGCCGCCAACUAUGGCGUCUACUACGAUGACACCAAAUAUGACUACAUGCAGCACUUGCGUGAACUGGGAACCGGAGGUGGAGAUGCGCACUUUGUGGAAGCAAACGCAAAGGGCAAGGCGAAGGGCAAAGGAAUGAAGCUGGAGGAUGCCCUGAGACAAGCGACCCUGGACGACUCGAGAAGCGAAUUUGGCGACAGCAUGUACGGAUCCCAAUAUGGCGAUAUGCGCUCGACAACUACUUCGUAUAGCCGGAAACCGACGUACCAAGAUCAACAAAACGUACCCGAUGCAAUUGCAGGAUUCCAGCCCAACAUGGACCCCCGUCUCCGUGAAGCUCUUGAGGCUCUCGAAGACGAGGAGUUUGUUGAUGAAGAUGGGGGCGAAGAUGUUUUUGGCGAGUUGACCAAAAAUGCGGAGGAGAUGGACAGCGGCGACUGGGAGGAUACAUUAUUCGACCAAGAAGACGAGGAUGAUGAUGGAUGGGAGUCGGAUGCAACAGAGAAGGCACCUGUGCAGACAGAUACCACAGAUGCAAAGGCAAAUGGAAAGGGCGCCCCGGAUUUGGCACCUGGUGAACUUCCUGGCCAUGACGAACCUGCCCCAGACUUGCACCCAGAGGACCAGGGUUGGAUGCGUGAGUUUGCCAAGUUCAAGAAGGACGGAAAAGCCCAGGCACAGCCGGCUGCCACCCCAAGUAUCGCCCCAUCGGAGCAGCGCAGCACUCUUGCAUCCACUGUCUUCACGGAAGGUGGCACAGCAAUCCGAAGAAAGAAGCGCAAGGGUGCAAUGACCAACCCCUCCGCGUACUCCAUGAGCUCUUCGGCUUUGGCCAGAACUGAUGGUCAUCGACUUCUCGACGACCGUUUUGACAAGGUGGAGGCACUAUACGCCCUCGAUGAAGAAGACGAAGAGUACGACGACAACAUGUCCAUGGUUAGUGGCAUGACUGGUAUGACCGGCAUGACGGACAUGUCGACUGCUUCAUCCCAGGCACCCAGUCUUGUUGACGCCAACGGAACCGCGGUGCAACCGCGCCACAACUUCAACAACAUCAUGGAUGACUUCCUCUCCGGAUGGGAUGACAACACCAGCGCUCAGGCGAAGCGAAAGGGUGCCAAGGCUAAGCGUGGCAAGAACGGUAACGAGGCAAUUGGAAUUAGAAUGCUGGAUGAGGUCCGGCAGGGUCUGGGUGCUCCGAGGCUGUCUUCCAAAAGAGUCCCUGGCAAGGUAUAGAUUCAACGAACUGCAAUGACAUGAUAUCAAUUACUGGCAGGAAAAUGGGGCUAGGCGUCUGGGUUCUUUUCUUUUCUUAUGCUAUGUGUUUGUCUUUCGGUAUGAGCAUAAAAGUAUAUUUCUUUUAUCUAUGUGGAGUUUUGACAUAGC